AUGAAUGUGCUGACGAAGAAGCCGCCCGGCAUUAUCGAUAUUGUGGUUGUUGGAAGCCCCUGCACGGUGCGUCAAUAUGUUGGAAAGAAGUCACUUAAAGCACGUGCAGAGGUAGCUAUGAUUAUUGAGAACCAAACGAAGAUACAGGAUGAGGCGACUGUAGAAGACAAUGAAUCGCCGUUGUGGAGAGUGACGCGAAACAUGGGCAAGAAACAUAUUUCUGUUAGUGAAGUUAUGGUGGUGACACGAGAGGAUCCACGCGGGUACCAAGACGCGAUGAAUAGCAAGGACGUGGAGAUUUGA